UUCACAUCUCUAUUUAAUUAAUUAAGCAAAAAAUUGACUAAAAAUCUCUUUAAUUUAUUGUCAUCAAAUAUGAAUACUCAAUUUGUUGUAGGAGAAUCAUCUUCUUCUUCCAACUUAUCUUAUGAUGUGUUUCUCAGUUUCAGAGGUGAAGAUACUCGGAAAAACUUCACAGGUCAUCUUUAUUUCCGAUUGUGUCAAGUUGGAGUUAAUACUUUCAUAGAUGAUGAGGAAUUGAGAAAGGGAGACGUCAUUUCAAUUGAACUUGAGAAAGCAAUUGAACAGUCUAGGGUUGCCAUUGUUGUUUUCUCCAAAAAUUAUGCUUCCUCUAGUUGGUGUCUUGAUGAACUUGUCAAAAUUCUCGAUUGCAAAGAGAGGUUAAAUCAGGUAGUUUUGCCUAUUUUCUAUGAUGUUGAUCCUUCUCAAGUGCGAAGGCAAACUGGAUCCUUUGACGAAGCUUUGGCAAAACAUAAGGAACGAUUUGUUGGAGCUGAAAGAAUGGAAAAGUGGAAAGCUGCACUUACUGAAGCAGCAAAUUUAUCUGGAUGGGAUUUGAGAAAUGUUGCUGAUGGGUAAGACUUCUUAAUUCAACUAUUAAAUUUUGAAUUUAAGCGUUUGCCUAAGCUUAUAACUUGGUUAAUUUUGGAACAUUGUAAAGUCUUUCUAUAUUUCUUAAAUUUUGUGUCAAAUCAAAC